AUGCAUCCCCUCUGUGCUCGCUGCAAGACCAUUCCUCUCCAUGACAUUCUCCAACAGGGCCAUUCCCUCUGGAAGAAGUCAAAUGAACCGCAAUUGUCGUGGGAGAUCCCGUGGUAUUCAUCUCUGAGUGAACUGACUGCGUCGUCGUCGUCGUCAGACUGUGCGUUUUGCAAGCUAGUCCGCCAAGGCCUAGAGAGAUCAUUCGAAUAUGAAGCGGCACAACAAGAAGCACGUGGAGAAAUCCCUCCGGCAAGCUCUACGGAAAAGGACGCGAAGGAUCCCCUACGCAAAAUGGAAGGAUACCUGGACUUCCCCAUGGACAUGUCGCUGCAACUCCGCUCAUCUUUAACAGAUGAAGACGAUGAGGGAGACUGGGACAUAUCACGGCACAGUGGAACGGCCAACGCCAUUCUUACCGUCAGAAUUUCGUCGGGGGUCUCAUGGGGUCUGACUCUUCAAGCGGAGUUUCGUGUAGCGACCGUUCAUGGUAUGGCAAUUUAUCAAUCCCUGUUCAUCCAAAGUUCGACUCUAUCUUAA